AUGGCGAAAGUCAAGGGACGCAUCCUGAGCAUCCAGUCCCACGUUACAUACGGAUACGUCGGCGGGAAGGCCGCGGUCUUCCCUCUGCAGUGUCUCGGGUACGAUGUCGACGUCGUAAACACCGUCAACUUCUCCAACCAUUCCGAUGCAGGAUAUGCCCGAUUCGGGGGAUCGAGGGCCUCUGCGGGCGAACUCGAGCAGAUCUUUGGCAUCAUGGAGCAAAAUGAAUUGCUUCGACAAGAACGAUUGCUGACAGGAUAUAUACCCGGAGCGGAAGCUACGGCGGCAGUUACCUUGUUCGCGAGAAAACUCCGCGAGAGGAACCCUAAGCUCAUAUAUCUCUUGGACCCGGUCUUGGGUGACUCGGGACGACUGUAUGUCGCGCCAGAGGUGGUGCCUAUCUACCGAGAGGCACUUCCCCUCGCCACCAUAAUUACGCCGAACUGGUUUGAAGUCGAGGUCCUCACAGACAUCAAAAUGAUAGACCCGUCUUCCCUUCGUCGGGCCAUACAAACGCUUCACGACGUCUACCACGUACCCCACGUCGUCAUCAGCUCCAUACCCCUCAGGCAAUGGCUAACCGGGCUCCUUCCUGCACACCUGCGUCCCCCGACGGAGUCAGCCGACGCCGACUACCUCGCAUGCAUUGCCUCUUCUCGGACGGAGACCCCUGGUGCCUCUGCCGUAUAUGCAACAUGCUUCCCUUGCCUUCCGGGUUACUUCUCGGGCGUCGGCGACCUCUUCUCGGCGCUCGUGUUGGCCCACUUCGACGAAGCGAACGCGGAAGGCACCGACGGCGAGUCGCCGCUGUCUCGCGCUGCCUCCCAGGCAGUCUCGCAAACGCACGCGAUGCUCUCGCUGACCCACGAAGCGUCUAUGGCACUACCAGAGGACGAGCGGCAGGUGACGGACGAGGAGCUGGACGUGCGCGAGCCGAUGCGCAAAAUCAAGCGGAUGAGAGGGCGCGAACUGCGGCUCAUCCAGGGCCAGGACAUCAUCCGCGGGACGCAGUCGAUUAAAUAUAGACGUCUGGAGCCGUGGACGAACUUCUGGGCAGCAUAG